ACAAUGAUGCAGCUACAGAGCUAGAGAACGAGAUAUGGACAGGGAAUGGAAGGUAAUCCCCUUUACAAGUCUAGUGUCACAUGGAGGCAGAGAAGAGGGAGGGAGCAAUCUGGCAGAUGAAUGAGAGUAGCACGAAGGGGGUUCUGUGAGUUGCCCUGACUGGCAUAAACAGUCCGAUGAUGAGCUGGUGAAACAGAGGGAAGGAGAUGCAGGAUGAGAUGGAGGGAGAAACAAGGAGAGGGGAACGGUAGCGUUCUGGGUCCAAUACUGUCUCCUGCAUGCUUCCCAUUCUGAGGAAUGACAAGCGGCUGCUGCCUUUCCGAUUGGCUGGGAAGGCUACCAAUCGGCGUACAGGCAUGUAAGGUGCCUUUAGGUUAAACCCAACCCCAAAACAAGAAGGAGGGAGAAAGAGAGAAAGAGAGUGAGAGAGAGAGAGAGCGAGAGAGAGGGGGAAUCUGAGCAGAGCAGAGCAGAGCAAAGCAGAGCAGGCACCAGCUUGACAGUGUUACUAAGGCAUUUUGUCCACACUCUCUGAUGAAUGGCUCUGUUGAAGGGAAAUAGCUAAUCAGCCGUCUGUAGGGACACUUUAUCCGUCCUGCUUCGACUUCCCUGGAUGUAACUCACUCACUGACUGGAUCUCUGCUGUGUCCUCGCCACCUUCCCAAAUGCCCCUCCCCGACGUCUAACUAACUGCCCUCUGUCUCACCUGAGAGGAGCAGAGGACCUCUAACAACCCCCACCCCCAAAAUUACUACCACCUCUUCUCCUCCUCCUCCUCCUCUUCCUCCUCUCCACUGUUCACCUGGACAGAGCAGGCACAAGACAAGGGACACACGAUGGACUGCAGCUAUGCUCUCAGCACUCAGAUAGUGUUUGCUGCUUGAUCUGCCUCUUUUUUUUCGGAGAGGAGAGGAGAGGAGAAGAGGAGCGCAGAGAAGAAUUUGGAAUCAGGUUCUCCAGGAGCGUCACAGAACACAGAGGUGAAGAAGCCGUCCGAGUUUGUCAGGAUGAUUUUGGGAAGUAUCAACAGAACAGGGGCAGUCCCCACAUUUUUGCGGACCCCCACAAUGAUCCAGCCUCAUCUGGACAUGAAGCCCUUCCUGCAGUUCCCCAUGGAGACACCCCCGCCUCACAGUGUUGGACUCUUCCACAAUUUUAACACAAUGGAUCCUGUUCAGAAGGCGGUGAUCAACCACACCUUCGGCGUCCCACUGGUUAAGACCAAGCGGCCCAUCAUCUCCUGUAAUGUCUGCCAGAUUCGAUUCAACUCAGAGAGUCAGGCAGAGGCCCACUAUAAGGGGAACCGCCAUGCCAGGAGAGUGAAAGGCAUUGAGACCUCUAAGACUCGUCCACAGGAAAGUGACAAGCCUCCCCCUGGCCCCACUUCCUCCCCAUCACCCCCAGGAGCCCUGACGUCCAAUACAGAGACUGACUCCAGCAAAACAGAAGAGACGCAGCUCGUGUCACAGCUGAGCAGGCCUGUGGUAGCGCAGGGGCCUGCGCCUGUGUCAGCACCCUCUACUCCGGACUCCCCUGGCCCCUCUACUGCUGCCCUCAUGCCAAGCCCUGCCACUCCUCUUCCCCAACCUGUAAGCAGUGCCUCGCCCGGUUGUGGGUCUUCAAACCCGGAGCCAGCUGGAGCACCGGGAGUGACCGCAGUUACUCCUGCUAACGGAGAGACGGAGGAGGACAAAGCCAAGAAACUGCUGUACUGCUCGCUGUGCAAAGUGGCCGUCAACUCUCUCUCUCAGCUGGAGGCUCACAACAAAGGCACCAAACACAAAACCAUUCUGGAGGCCCGGAGCGGACUGGGUCCCAUUAAGGCGUAUCCUCGUCUGGGGCCCAAGCCCAGUGGAGAGAGUGGGCCCGCAGACCCGAACACUCAGGAACGCACCUUCCACUGUGAGAUCUGCAACGUGCGGGUCAAUUCAGAACUGCAGCUCAAACAGCACAUAUCAAGUCGAAGACACCGAGAUGGAGUAGCAGGGAAGCCCAACCCACUCCUUAGCCGACACAAAAAGCACAGGGGUGCAGACCUCACGGAUCUCACCAAAGCGCUGGGUGCUGGCCUCCUGCCCAGUCCUCUGGCUGUAGCUGCAGCUAUGGCAGCUGCCGCCUCGUCCAAUCCGCUAGCUCUCCGCGCCGCAGCUCCCGCCCCACACCCUCAUCAUCAUCAUCAUCAUCAUCUCUUACAGGCCUCGCACCUUAGCCAUGCUAUACUGAGACCGGCCCCAGGGCCAAUCCGCACCUCACACGGGCCCAUUCUUUUCUCACCCUACUGACACACCCUUGUCCACUUCAGCCAGCCAGGAGCAGCAUCUCCAAAAGCACACUGUGAAGUAAUCAAGUAGAAAAAUAAAUAGCAAACUGCACAGCAAUGACUAGAAUUAACUCAUCCACCAACUGCUCGAUUAUAAAGACGGAGGAGAAAAAAACUUGAACAAAAGGA